AUGACAAACUUAGAAAACAUCUGUGGCAAGUUUAACUCCUCAAUAGAGAAUAUGAAACUUAUAGUUUGCAAUGAACUUCAAAGUAUAGAUACAACAAAAGUUUUGAACUCAGAUGCUUUGAAGAGUCUUAUAACAGACAAAGUUGGAGUUGUUGAAAGAAAGUAUAAAGACCAAAGAGUUUGUGAAAAUGUUGCAAACUUCAUUAUGGUUUCAAACAAUACUGUUCCGAUGAAGUUAGAAAGUUCUGACAGAAGAUAUGUAGUUGUCAGAACGUCAGAUUCUCAUAUGCAAGAUACAGAAUAUUUUGACGACUUAGCAGAAACUUUGACAUCUGACUUUUACAACCACUUGUUCUCAUAUUUUAUGACAUUAGAUAUUUCAAAGUUCAAUCCAAGACAAAUUCCACAUACCGAAGAGAGACAAACAUUGUUAGAAGCAAACAAGAGUGUAUAUGAACAGUUCAUAGAUGAAACUGACUUUGUGUCAUUAGAUGAAAGGUCAUUGUACGAUUCGUAUAAACAAUAUUGUCAAGAAUAUGGUUAUAUGACAGCGUCUAAACGUACAUUCUUGGCAAAUGUCAAAAGUCUUUUAGAUGUUCAGAAUGGUGUAUAUACAAAGAAAAAUUUUUCUGAGUAA